AUGACAUGCAAGGCUGCAGGUCCAGGCAGCUUAGAUCAAAGCCAUCUGGCUGAACACCAGACCAGCGGCCAUAAAGACGUGCUGGACGUUCUCGAUGGCCUCGUGAGCUUGGCCGCCAAAAUACAGCUCUCGGGAAACACGGCAAAGACCAACACAUUGAAGUGCAGAGACACCGCCGUUCGCGUGUGGAGCUCACUCAACGCGGAUGUCAUCGAAAAGAUUAAGUCCAACCCGGCCCCUUGGCUCCUAGUCCCGAUGCAGGGAGUCUCGUCCGUGUUGCGCGAGAUUGACCGGACCAUUGCGAAGUACCGAGACAUGACCAAGGUGCUGCGGUUCAUCCUGGGGAGAUCCAUCCGGCACGAAUUCGAAAGAAGGUGGAGCGACUUCGACCUCACUGUUACACACCUGCUGGACAACGUGGACGCUCUACCGAAGUCACCACAUGCACAGCAAGAAGAGCAUCCAGCACAAGGCAUCGACGUUCACGUUAAAGAACGUGAAGCCAUGAAUGGUGUGGCGAAGAUGGGCCGUAAACCCAAGAAUGGAGAAAUGGCAAUCAGGGACGAGCGCCAGGCGUACGCGACAGCCCUGAGGCCCUACCAAUUCACGUGCGAGGAGUCCCUCACCGGCGACCACUCCUUCAGCCAAAAGAGCUCCACGGCGGCCAGCCUCGAGCGCAGCAAGCGCCUGUCCAGAGAGGUGCGGCUGCUGCCGACGGCACUGCCGCUGCACUGGGACAGCUGCAUACUGCUGGCCGUGGACCGGACGCGCAUGGACUUGAUGCGGGCCGCCAUCAUACCGGCAGAGAACACGCCCUACGCCAACGGCAUUUUCGUCUUCGACGUCUACGUGCCGGUGGACUACCCCAACGGGCCGCCCAGAGUGCAGUUCAAGACGACGGCCGGCGGGAAAAUUAGAUUCAACCCUAACCUGUACAAGUCCGGGAUGGUGUGCCUGUCCCUCUUGGGCACGUGGCCGGGCCCGUCAUGGGGAAUCAGCUCGACGAUACUGCAGCUGAUGGUGAGCAUACAAGGUAUGGUGUUCGUGGAGGAUCCCUGGUUCAACGAGCCCGGACGCACCGCCCGAACGCGGCGCGCCCUGGAUGAAAGCCGCUCCUACAAUUUGUCCGUAAGGUGCCACACGCUGCAGCACGCCAUUCUGCCUGCCAUCAAGGCCCCACCCCAGCCCUUUCAGAAGGCAUGCCGGGAGCACUUCAGAAUCAAGCAGAGGUCCAUCCGGAAUCAAUGCGAAAAGUGGGUGGAAGAUGCGAAGGGCUCGACAUGGGAGUCCCCAACCAGGAAAGUUUCGGCAGAGAUCCACGCGGCGCUGAACAGACUGAAGUGA